AGUUGCCUAAGUGCAAUUAAUAUAUCUUGUAUAAAAAAAAACUAAAACGUGAAAUUGAAAACGUAUGGAACAGAAAAAUCCAUUGCUUAAGUUAAGCCCAUGGGCCAAAAUUCAUUUUCUUGCCAAGUACUUCCAACUCUUUGACAACGGAAAAGCCCGCGAAAAAAUCUCACAACAUAACGGCCUUGUUAUCAUCCUCCUCAAAACAUUGUUUUCAAGAAGACAGCAAACAAGAAGAAUUAGAAAAGAAAAAUUGAUCACUUCAAGGCAUUCUGCCUCAAGAUUCAUCGGAAAAUAUUGUUUUCUUUAAUUGUGACAAGAAUGAAGAAUUCCUUUCUUUGCAAUAUCCAACCAACCAAGACAAUACCAAUGUGUUUUCUUGUUUUUCAACGUCGAUCCUAUAAUUAAUUUCACAGUUUUCUCUGAUGGUUCCUAUCUAUUUUCCUGAGAAAAUCCAUUUUCCAAAGCAAUUAGGUGCUCUCUUAGAAAUUAAUUAUCUCCUUUCUUGGUUACAAGAAACAUGGGUGAGAUUGAUACCAAACCUAUUGAACCUGUACAAGUUGCAAUUACCUUGUUCGGUGAAAAGAGUGAACACAGGAAACACCGGCCUACCAGUAGCAGUAGCAGCAGCAGCAACAGCAACAGCGGGGAUGAGGUUGAUAAGGAGAAAGACAUUGAAGGUCUACGAAAGGAUUUGGCAAAUUACAAGGUGCAACUAGAAGCAAAAGAUGCUGCCUAUUUGCAACUAUUACACAAACUAGAACACUAUCAGAAAACAACUGAGGAACUUUCAACUCAGCUGAAAAAUACCGAGAUUGAAAAAGAUCUCUACUUAGAAGACUGCAAAGAAGCUAACAUUCGGAUCGAUGAGCUCGAAGCUAAAGCAAAGGAAAUGACUGAUCAAAUUUUAGAAAAUGGGAAAUCCAGAGAGCAGCUUUUGCAUGUUUUAGGCGAAUUAAAGUGUGUGCAAGGAGAAUUGCUUACUAUGGAAACUCUACUUGCUGCUGCUACAGAUGAUAAGCUUAAGGCCUUAACACAAACUGCAGCCAUGCAAGCUUCUGCUAAUAUUGAAAAGGAGAGAUCUGAAGAGCUACUAAAACGCGUUAUGGAGCUUAACGAAGCUAUUUUAAUGUCUAAACAGGUUGCUCUUGAAGCAGCAAAGGAGGAGAAAACAACAGAAACAGAAGAUCAAAACCUGAGAAAACAAGAGAAUGAACUAAAAUUAUCAGAUAUAGAAGAGAAAGAAAAGAAUUCUGAUAAAGGAACUAAUUAUGUUGAGGAAAUGGAAAAAGAAAUGGAUCAGUUAAAAUUAGAAUUAAAGAAUGCAAAUGAUGAGGUGUUUCGGUCAAACUGUGAAAUUGAAAUGAGUAAAAAUGAGUUAGAAAAGGUGAAAACUGAAAUGAAAGAACUUGCAGAAAGAGAAAAUGGAGUGCAAGUAGAAAUAGCAUUAUUGAAAGCUGAGCUUCAUAAAGAAAGAGCAAAACUUGCAGCAGAAGCAAGAAAGGGUAUUGAAUGUGAUCAAGAAAAUUAUAGAAAAGUGACAAUUUCGCAAGAAGAAUAUGAGAAUUUGAUUGGGAAAGCCGGAAAUAAAAAUGAAAAUGAGAUUUUGAAAAAAGAAUUGGAAUCUGCAACAGCAAAAGUUGCAGAAUUCAGGACACGAACCGAACAGGCAGUUACGAGAGCUGAAGCAGCUGAGAGAGCGAAAUUAGCACUGGAAGAUCAGUUGAGGAAGUGGAGAGAACAGAAGCAGAGGAGAAAAGCUGCUUUAGCUGCACUUAGACAGGAAUCUUUGUCAAGAGAGUUUGGUCCUUCUUCAUCUUCGUAUGAUAGAACACCUGUAAAUUAUCAGCCAUUAGGUAAGGUUUUGAACAUGAAAUUUUAGCAUUUUAUGUUCUGUAUA